AUGCACGCCAAGACAGACUCAGAGGUCACUAGUCUAGCACCAUCAUCUCCCACCAGAUCUCCGCGCCGUCCAGUCUACUACGUACAGAGCCCAUCGCGUGACUCUCACGAUGGAGAGAAAACUACGACGUCGUUUCAUUCCACACCUGUACUCAGCCCCGUGGGAUCCCCUCCUCACUCUCACUCCUCUGUUGGCCGCCACUCGCGUGAAUCCUCUUCAAGCCGGUUUUCCGGCUCGUUGAAACCUGGAUCGCGCAAGAUCUCACCAAAUGAUGCUUCUAGAGGGGGUCAAAGGAAGGGGCACAAGCAAUGGAAAGAGUGUGAUGUUAUUGAAGAAGAAGGACUUCUUGAAGAUGAAGAGCGUCGAAAGGGUCUCCCUCGUAGAUGCUAUUUCCUUGCUUUUGUUCUUGGUUUCUUUAUCUUAUUCUCUUUCUUUUCUUUAAUUCUUUGGGGUGCUAGUAAGUCACAAAAACCCAAGAUCACAAUGAAGAGCAUUACAUUUGAGCAAUUUAUAAUCCAAGCUGGGUCUGACUCAACAGGAGUGGCAACUGAUAUGAUCUCAGUGAACUCUACAGUGAAAAUGGCCUAUCGUAACACAGGAACGUUUUUUGGGGUCCAUGUGACCUCAACACCUCUCGAUCUAUCGUACUCUGAAAUCACUUUAGCAUCCGGAAGUAUCAAGAAGUUUUACCAAUCAAGGAAGAGCCAGAGGUCGGUGGCAAUAUCUGUUAUCAGCAAUAAAAUACCAUUGUACGGAAGUGGAGCUGGGCUGAGCGGUUCUACAGGGACAAGUACAUUACCAGUGUCUCUGAAAAUGAACUUUGUUGUUAAAUCAAGAGCUUAUGUUUUGGGAAAGUUGGUUAAACCAAAAUUCAACAAGAAAAUUGAGUGUGAUUUUAAUUUUGAUCCAAAGAAGCUCAAUGUCCCAAUUUCGCUCAAGAAGGCUUGCACAUAUGAUUGA